AGAGAGAGAGAGAGAGUCAAAUUGUGAUUUUGUGAAUGGAAAGUUUGGAAACAAUGGUGGUAGCACAAGUAGUAGUAGUUGAAUAUUAUUGUAGUAGUAGUGGUUAGUAUCAGAAUAUAGGGCUCUGCUCUCUGACUGAAGACGCAAUCGCAGUGGUUCCCUUGGUCCCUUCCCCAGGUACCAGGUAGUAGGUAUCCUUCACCAUCAUCAUUUCCAUUAUCAAUUCACGGUGUUUCAUCCCAUCACUACUGCCGAUCUGCUUCUUCCAUUUUCAUUCUCCUCACUACUCGACUAUACUCUCUACAAAUACUACACCCUUCACCUUAACCUUUGCCUUCACUCUUUCCAUUUUUAUAUUUCCAUAAUGGCUUCCGCCAUUUCUUCCAGACCUCGCACUGUUGAAGACAUCUUCAAGGACUACACCGCUCGUCGUUCCGCUCUUAUUCGCGCUCUCACUUCCGAUGUGGAUGCAUUCUAUGCCCUCUGUGAUCCAGAGAAGGACAAUUUAUGCUUUUAUGGACACCCAAAUGAGACGUGGGAAGUUGGUCUCCCAGCUGAGGAGGUUCCUCCUGAGCUUCCUGAACCGGCAUUGGGCAUAAAUUUUGCCAGAGAUGGGAUGAAACGUAAAGAUUGGCUUUCCUUGGUGGCGGUUCAUACUGAUUCCUGGUUGCUCUCGGUGGCUUUCUACUUCGGUGCUCGGCUUAAUCGCAAUGAGAGGAAGCGUCUAUUCAGCUUAAUAAAUGAUCUGCCCACACUAUUUGAAGUCGUAACAGGAAGGAAGGCAUCAAAGGAUAAACCUAGUUUGGAUAGUGGAAGCAAGUCCAGAAACAGUAUGAAGAGAUCAAAUGACAGACAAAUCAAGAGCAAUACUAAGUUACUUGACGAGGAGGAGGACGAACACGGUGACACCCUAUGCGGAAGCUGUGGUUCAAAUUACAAUGGUGACGAGUUUUGGAUUGGUUGCGACAUCUGUGAAAGGUGGUUCCAUGGAAAAUGUGUGAAGAUCACACCAGCUAAAGCAGAAAGUAUUAAGGAGUACAAAUGUCCAUAUUGCAGCACAAAGAAAAUCAAGCAGUAGGAGGCUCAUCAUGAUAAAGCUUUUAGAAGGGGUUAAUAAUCUCACUUUACUGUACUGGUUCAAAGAUUUCAUUGUAAAUCAAUGAUAGCAAUGUAGUGUUGUCUUCUUUUUUUUUUUUUUUAUUAUUAGGGAGUUUUAGUAUGUAAUUUUUACAUUUAUCGACACUGAUGAUGGUGCUCAUUGUUCCUGGCAGUGGUUCGUUUACCACUGGAUGUAUCUUCCUCUGUUAUGUUGUUUUUAUGUAGUUAACUAUUUUCAUGUCAAAUAGAAUUCUUUAUGAGUUCUUAA